AUGGGCCCGCCGGCCGGGCGCGCGCUGCGCCUGCUGCUCCCGCUGCUCGGGGCGCUGGGGGCGCUGGGGGCCCGGGCCGAGGCCCCUCAGGCCGGAGCGCGGCCGCACGCGCUGCGCUUCCGGCUGAUGGGCGCCACGGAGCCGGAGCUGGGGCUGCCGCUGCUCCGGGCCGCGGGCUUCGUGGACGAGCAGCUGUUCGUGUCCUACGACCACGAGCGGCGCCGCGCCGAGCCCCGCGCCCCGUGGCUCAGGGCGGCCGGGCCGCUGUGGCUGCAGCUGAGCCAGAGCCUCAAAGGCUGGGACCACAUGUUCACGCUGGACUUCUGGACCAUCAUGGACAACCGCAACCACAGCGCCGGGGCCCACACCCUGCAGGUGGCCCUGGGCUGCGAGGUGAGCGCGGACAACAGCACCAGGGGCUUCUGGGCCUACGGCUACGACGGCGAGGACCACCUGGAGUUCCGCCCCGAGACGCUGAGCUGGCGGGCGGCGCCCGGGGCCUGGGCCACCAAGAUGGAGUGGGAAGGGAGCCCCGUGCGGGCCCGGCAGAACCGGGCCUACCUGGAGCGGCUGUGCCCCGAGCAGCUGGGGCGGCUGCUGGAGCUGGGCGCCGGGGCCCUGGACCGGCGAGUGCCCCCCUCGGUGCGGGUGACGCACCACGUGGCCUCGGCAGCCACCACUCUGCGGUGUCAGGCUCUGAGCUUCUACCCGCCCAGCAUCACCCUGCGGUGGCUGAGGGACCGGCGGCCGCUGGACGCGGAGCCCGCGGAACUGCUGCCCAACGGGGACGGGACCUACCAGGCCUGGGCCGCCCUGGCCGUGCCCCCCGGCGAGGAGCAGGGAUAUGCCUGCCAGGUGCAGCACCCCGGCCUGGAGCAGCCCCUCACGGCCACCUGGGAGCCCCCUGUGUCGGGUGCCCUGGUCUCUGGCAUCAUCAGCGGGACCCUCACCGGUGUCGUCCUCAUCUUCGUCGCUGGGGCUUCGUUCAGAUUCCUGCGGAGGAGGCGGGCUUCCCGAGGCACCCUGGGCAGCUAUGUCCUCGCCGACCUUGAAUGA